AUGGUUUGUGAGUACGGUAUUGAAUAUGAAGAGCGUAAACACGGUCAGCUGUUCACCCUAAAAGGUGCCAAAGAAAUUUUAGCCAUGCUGUUGAGCGAGUGUGAAAAAACAGGUUUGGUCGACAUUAAAACCAACUGUGAAGUGAAAACUAUCACUGCCAUAGAUGAACAAGGUUUUCAAAUUGCCACGACACUGGGGUAUUUUGAAGCCGAAUCUGUGGUCAUUGCAUCGGGUGGUUUAUCUAUUCCGACCUUAGGCGGCUCAGGGAUUGGCUAUGAAAUUGCAAAACAAUUUGGUCACCAUGUAUAUCCAACUCGCGCAGGUUUGGUGCCUUUUACCUUUUCAGAUAGCUUUAAAGAAGUGACCACACGCUUAAGUGGCAACGCGGUCGAUGCGACUUUAUCGAAUGACUUAAACGCUUUCACCGAAGCCCUUUUAUUUACCCAUCGUGGGCUCAGUGGGCCAAGCUCGCUACAACUGUCGAAUUAUUGGGAUGUAGGACAAAGCUUCAAAAUUGACUUCUUGCCAAGUGUGGAUUUGCACGACUACUUAAAAGCCAAGAAACACAGCCAACCCAAAGCCCUGCUUCGCACUUUACUGGGUGAACAUUUCCCGAAAAGUGUGGUGGUUGAACUGCAAAACCUCAUUUGGCCUGAACUGGCUGAAACAGCGAUUGGCCAACUGUCGGAUGAAAAACUGGAGCACAUUGCAACGCGCUUGCAUGCGUUUGAAGUCAAACCAUCAGGAACCGAAGGCUACCGUACUGCUGAGGUCACUUUAGGUGGUGUAGAUACCACUGAAGUGUCCUCGAAAACCAUGGAAAGUAAAAAGCAAAAAGGCUUGUACUUUGUGGGUGAAAUACUGGAUGUCACAGGACAUUUGGGCGGCUUUAACUUCCAAUGGGCAUGGUCAUCUGCGCAUGCCGCAUCAGAAUAUGUCUAA